AUGAGAGAAGUUCCUGACAAGUCGUGGAUUGAUAUACCUAUUAUGAAAAGAAGAGAGGGUGGUGACACUCGAUAUCGUGAAGGAUGGGAAGCGUUCCUUGAGUAUGCGUAUGCGAAUCCGAGGAAGUUAGAAAAUGAUUUGCUGUUUUGUCCAUGUAGUUUUUGCAGAAAUAGGGGUUUGGUGGAUAGAGUUACUAUACAAAAACACUUAGAAAGAUGGGGAUUUGAUGAAAAAUACAAAUAUUGGAGAUUUCACGGAGAAGAUGACGAUAUUGAACCAGCUGACGGAAAUAUAAAUCUAAGAAUAGACGAUACACAUGCAAUGUUCAAUGAUAUUGCCGCAGUUACAGAAGUUGCAGAAUUUCCGGAGGUUCUUGAAGUUCCCGAAGAUGCAGAAGGUGUCGAAAAUGUUGAUGAUGUGCGUGAUACCGAUAGCUUUAAAAGUUUAAUGAAGUUAUUAGAAGAUGACGAAAAGGAUUUGUAUGCCGGUUGCUCAGAGUAUAGUAGAUUGUCGUUUAUUCUUCAACUGAUGCGUAUUAAGACCCUCAGCGGAAUGGCAGAUAAAUAUUUUCAAAUGCUUCUUAAUUUACUACGCAAGGUAAUUCCGGAUGGAGAGAAUAGCAUACCAGAAAAAUGUUAUGAUGCAAAUAAGAUCGUUGGCGCUCUCGGUUUAGAUUACACAAAAAUCCAUGCGUGUCCUAAUGAUUGUAUCCUGUAUUAUAAGGAUAAUGAGAAGCUUGAAGAAUGUCCAAAGUGUGGAGUGUCUCGUUGGAGAAAGAAUACACGCACUUCAACACGAAAGGCAGAUGAGCCUGUUAAGCAGCCGAAGAAAAUUCCAGCGAAGGUGCUCCGACAUUUUCCCUUAGUACCGCGUUUACAGAGGUUGUAUAUGACAAAAGACACAGCUAAAAACAUGCGGUGGCAUAAGGAAGGACGCGUAGUUGAUGGUAAACUCAGGCAUCCGGCAGAUGCAGAUGCAUGGGAGCAUGUUGAUCAAUCUUUUCCUUGGUUUUCCACAGAGUGCAGGAAUGUUAGACUCGGUCUAUCUAGUGACGGAUUCAACCCGUUUGGCAUUAUGAGUUCAGGUUGGUCUACUUGGCCCAUUGUGUUAAUACCUUAUAAUUUACCACCUGGACUUUGUAUGAAGCAACCGUAUAUGAUCCUUUCAUUGCUGAUACCAGGCAAACACUCACCCGGUAAUGACAUAGAUGUGUUCAUGGAGCCGUUAAUUGAUGAGUUAAAACUUCUCUGGGAUGAAGGGGUCCAAACGUAUGAUGCAUUUUCCCGUCAAACGUUUAAUCUUCGUGCUAUUCUUAUGUGGACCAUUAAUGAUUUUCCAGCUUAUGCUAAUCUCUCCGGUUGGUCUACAAAAGGAACAUUUGCUUGUCCCGUAUGUGGUCCAAACUUUGAAGGCUUUCAUUUACAACACAGUAGAAAGAUGUGUUAUUGGUUUAACAGAAGAUGGUUACGUAAAGGACAUAAAUACAGAGGGAAAAGGUGGGCGAAUAAGUUUGAUGGCCAAGAAGAGAAAAGAGGAGAGCCGCAUGUAAUGACUGGAGAUGAAAUUGUAGAAUUAUUUGAGGGAUAUCCUAAAAAUAAGUUUGGAAAGAGCCGAUAUACAAGAGAAGAUAUUCUAGCUCCAAGACGCAUUUCCAUUAUGAAGAAGGCACCGAAACGAAAGAGAAAAGUGUGCAUUACGGAUGAGACACGUGAUGAGGAAUUACCAAAAGGAUGGACAAAAUUUAGUAUAUUUUUUCAGCUACCGUACUGGCAAAAGCUAAAAAUUCGGCAUAACCUAGAUGUAAUGCAUAUUGAAAAAAAUAUAUGUGAUAACCUGUUGUCCACACUCUUACAGGAUGGUAAGAAAUCAAAGGACGAUUUACGAGCUCGGCGAGACUUGAAUGCAUUGAACAUCCGACAUGAUCUGCAAGCACGAGAAGUUACUGAAGGCAAAUUUGAGUUGCCCUCAUCUCGCAUUACGAUGACAAAGGUUGAGAUGCAAAGAUUCUGUGAGGUGCUCAAAUCGGUAAAGUCGCCAGAUGGUUACUGUUCUAAUAUUUCAAAUAAUGUCCAGGUGAAAGAGCGAAAAAUUUUGGGACUUAAGACUCAUGAUUAUCACAUCCUUCUUCACCAAUUGCUUCCCGUGGCACUCCGUAACAAUAUGGCUGAUGAUGAAGUAGCAAAGGUUAUAAUUGAAUUCUGUGGAUUUUUUAGAAAGUUAUGCUCAAAAGUUAUCAAUGUUACAGAAUUUAAGACACUAAAAGGAGAAAUGAAUGAAACCCUUUGCAAAAUGGAGUUAUUCUUCCCUCCCUCAUUUUUUACUAUUAUGGUCCAUCUUACACAUCAUCUUGUAGAUGAGGCAUUACUCGGAGGUCCAGUUAACUAUCGUUGGAUGUAUCCCAUGGAGAGAUAUUUGGGUUUCUUGAAGCGCAUAAUGCGCAAUCGAGCUCAUCCGGAGGGUUCGAUUGCUGACCAUUACGUUGCAAAUGAAUGCAUGUCUUUUGCCUCUCGAUAUAUGCGAGGUGGAGAUGCAAAUAAUAAUACACAAAUUAGUAAAAGAGAUGCCACUUUUCAUGGCAGUACCAAGAUGAACAAGGAUUACUCCAGAAUAGACUUGGAACAAGCUCAUGCAUUCGAGUUGCAGUUAGAAAUAACUGGGCCGUCAGCACGGAAUCAAAUUGCCAAAAUACAUGAAAAAAAAUUUUCUGAAUGGGUUUCAGCUGAAGUAGAAAGACAAAUAUUUGCUGGUUUACCAAUAUCAGAAGAGAUAAGAAUUCAUGCACACGGGCCACACUACACAGUUAAACAAUGCAGCGGAUAUCGUGUGAAUGGGUUUUUAUUUCAAAAGUUGGGGAUUGAGGAGGAGAGAGUUACCCAAAACAGUGGGGUCAUGGCUAUCUUCUCUCAAGAAUGUUAUGCAAGCUCGACAGAUCAGAAUCCAAUACUUAAUGAUCUAAUUUAUUAUGGACAACUAGAAGAUAUCUUGGAGAUGUUCUAUGCGUAUGGUACAAAAGACGUACGUAGUUAUGUGAUGUUUAAGGUUCGAUGGUGUCAUGCUGAAAUAACAAGAGAUGCAUAUGGCUUUAAUCUUGUAAAUCUAGACAAGGAGAUUUACUCCGAUUUGAAGUUCAUGUUUGCAAAGCAGGCUACUCAGUGCUUUUAUGUCAAAGAUCCUAGACAGCCGAAGGUUUGGGUCGCAUUGUAUAAGGAGCCGAGAACUCUUGUUGAACUUUCUCUCGAUGAAAACAUAGAGGGUUCUGAUGAUCCAAAUGAGACUGAAGGAGAAGUUUUUCCUAAUUACUCAUACCCGCAAAAUGUCAAUUUUAAUAUGUAUACUCCGCAAAAUCGGCUUGAUAUUCGUAAUGUAGGAGAUUGA